AUGUCUGCCAAAUCAUCUACCAUACGGCUUAUUUUCAACCAUGUCGCCUUUCCGCCUAAGCUUCCAGGGUGUCGUGACACCGACGAGGAAACUCAGAGCGUGCAAAAAGAACUGGUAGCGAGAUUGCUGGACGAAAUCGGCACUCUCAAGCAAGAAUGUGAACCCGAGGUUCUACAGGCCUGGCAGUUGAUAGAGGCAUCAUUGCGAUCUUGCAUGAUACUGAUCGCCAAUGGGUUCAUCAACAAGGCCGACUUACUGGACGCUCUUGGAGAUUUCAAGAUUGAAGCGAGUAUUAUAUUGUACAUCGAGCCCCAAAACUGCGCGGUGUUGAUACGCAAAAUGAAGAAUGACCCCGACGUUGUAUUCGAAGCGUUUGAGACGUCUCCAACUGCGGAACAGGCCCUAGCAGCCACAGGUGCGUUGCAGUGGGAUUUUCCAGGCGUGGCAGUCUCUCUCGCCGUGCAGGAUUUCGAGAACGCGGUAUUCCAGGAUAGCUUCUCGGCAUUCAUUGAGAAAGCCAGCAUUGAGACGAUAGACGAGUUUAUCCCCAAGACAAAAAAGACGGGGCUUAUGAUUUCAGAACUACGUGAUACAGUUGACCCAGCGAUUAUCACCCAAUUCUUGAUGACUGUCUUGGAAGCGAACGGAAAUAGCAUAAAUCCACCACGACUCCGCAAGCGUAUCAAAGAUGACGUCUGUUGGGAUGAUGCCGAGCUUCCUUGGCGUCGAAGUCCCUUUUGGCUGGCGCUGAGGGUUUGUAUUCAGCGCUUGCUUUACUUUUAUCUCGGUGUAGAGCGCGGACGCUUGCAGUACAAGUCACUUAUUUGUGUUUUUCUAGCGAAUCUUCUGAAAAGCUCGGUUCAUGAACUGCAACCGGAGGAAUUGAACUUCCUCAAGGCAAAGUUGUGUCGCCGUCUGGCAAAACUCGAGUUCGAACAUGGCAAAAUUGAAGGGUCUACAGGCUCUAGUCAAUGUUUCCCUACAUCUAUGCUGCGGACUUGUCAGAAGUCCAUAGAGAUUGCUACCAAUCAUUCAAUGGUAGCAUGGGAAUCAUUCAAAAAGACGUCCCAGCGCCAAAUCUCGAAACUUCCUCGGUGGGCAAACGACACGGAUUUGCGUCUUAGAUUGCCAAAUAGCUAUUCAUACCUACGAGAUGUAUUGAACGAUGGAAGCAAGCCUUCUUACAAUGGAUACAAGGGUAAUAAUGCAGCAAUAACGAAUCCCAAUACGACAAAAGCCACAACCGAGCAAUUUUCUUCCCUGGCUAUGAGAUAUUCCUCCCUCGCCCAAAAUGAGCUUUCUAUUGAAUUUGACGCACGACGGCUGCCAGCUGAACAAAGUCUGUGCGAGAUACGCUGUAUCACGAUGGCCAAUGAGAUCAACGCGUACUUCGACGCUGUUGGAGAUGCUUACCAGGAGAAUCCUGAGCAGAUGAGUGUCUUUAUCUUGUGUCUGUUUGAGAUGUGGGUUCAUAUGGAUAAAUGUGCGGUAAUCGCCCACCCGAGCUUGAAAGCACUCCAUCCAUACUUUGAAGCUGAGAUGCUCGACGUAAUACUUCUCACAAGUCUCAAAGACUUUGAGCGUCUUCAGAAAGUCCAAACUUACCUUCUGCAGCGCGUGCAAGACGCAGAAGCAAAAACAACCAUAUUCAGCGAUCCUGGAACACCCGGUAGCCUCGCUGAUCGGUAUUUUGACAAUGGUCCAGGAGCGUUUAUGCUUCAACUUGAAGAAAAGAUACAGACGGCAUCUCUCAAAGCGCGAGAAGCAAAGCAGGCCGAACUCGAUCGAGUCAACCGCAGUUUUCAAGAUCUGACUGAGAGAAAGGCUGCUACUUCAUGUACUCAGCGACGGUAUCCAGAUGGAACCCAUGAUGUUCGAGGAUGCGAACACUGCCGCGCCGCUCAUCGCCGAUAUCGUUUGAAGAUUAAGGUCCACGAGGACUAUCUUCCAUUCGACUGGCGUUCAGCGCAGAAGAGAGCUAUACUGCUUGAAUUAGGAAUGCCAGAGACGCUUUCUGCAUACCGAAACACCACAUGGAAUAUCAUCGUCAUGCUCUGUGGGAAUUUGGGCCCAUCAAAUUCAGCAAAGCCAGAGAAAUUACUGCACGAAUAUACUCCAUUAGAACCGUACAAUCGCCACCGAGAUAAAGGCGGCAUCACCUUGGCAUCUUCCACCAAGUCCUACCUGGUCACUCAUUACAGGUGGAAGAGACUGCCAGCGAGGGCUAAGAAUAUCAUGCUUCCAUUCAGCUUGAAUUUCUCAUAUUACGAUUCGACAAGAGAAAUAUGGCUGAGAGAUUUUCCCCGAGAGCUGACCUUGGCUCAUCAUUUUGCUUUGCAGCUGCCACCGCACCUCCCAUUCUCUGCGCUUUACUCAAGUGCUGCCUUUGAGUCUGAUAAGCCGGGGCCUUCCUCAUAUGAAACUAUAGCCAGCAUUACUGAGUGCCCUUCGACAUUGACUGUUCACGAGUUUGUCGCUAGCAAGAAUCUUGUCGGGGGACGGCAUCGCCGGUGGUUGUCGAUUCUUGCUGAACUGGGUUCUUCCAAUAUCAACUUGAGCUUGCUAGACACCACUUAUCUUUUCCGUCUGCUUGCUCACCAGGCGGGCCCUGGACUAGACACUGAUGUAUAUCGGGCUGUGCAUGUUGUAUUCAAAGACGACCUGUUCUGUAACCAGCUAAUCGAUCAGAUAGAGCAUCAUGUUGACCUUAUUUCUGAGAACUGGAGGGAGAGCCAUUACAUGGAAACCAUGCUUGCAUUGACCCUCCAACUCCGGAACCUCUGCUGUACAGAGGCAUCGCCACGCGCGCAUAAAUUGCUAUUGAAAAUUCGGCAUAUUACUUACAGAUGGAUAUCCUCACUACGGGACGAGAUGCGGAAUGCGCAGGAAUUGGAUAUCUCAGAAAAGGCCGCACGUUAUUGUUUCUUGUCAGCUUUAUUGUGUCGUCGCACAUAUUCCGUUGAUUUCUGUCGAACAUCACAAUGGGAUGCACAGGCUUUGCAGUGCUUUGUGGAAGCGACGCUCGCCAUGCAGGAAGCCUUGGUUGUUGACAUAAGUAAAUUUUCAACUGCAACCCGUAACAUGUUGAUUCGUGAUAUCAAGAUGGCAGUCGGUCUACGGAACAUUGUUCGAAGCUCAGUCCUCAGUCAUUUUGCAACACUCGGCGCUGCUAUUGAUGCAGUGUGGCCAAACCCAGGCAAUAUCCCGCGAGUGUACUCCGAUUGGCAGUUUUUAUCAUCUCCGUAUGACUGGUGGACAAUGUCAUCAAUUGAACCUGCAGGGAAUACUCCGCCUCAAGUCGUGCAUUACCAUUCGCUAGAGGGCCAUUUGUUAAUAAACGGGCAACCGAUUGGCAAAUUGCCCGCUGACCUCAGAGACUCGGAGAUACUGAAGGAACUGUUUGGUAACCAGCGUUUGGUUGCCUUUCCAUCCGAUGUGCCCAGCAUGAGCUACUUACUAGCAGUGACUAAGGAAGACAAUCAUAUCUAUCUUGGAUAUCGAAACAACCAGCUUAUUGUACGAGCUCAAAGAUUUGGAUCAACCUUUGAACUCGUCCCUCGUAAUGUCUUUCGUGCCGGCUCUAGCUUUGACUUGCCAGAGCCAUUAGUCCAGAAUUGUGUUCACUGGGUUGAAUUGCAGUCUGGCAUUCUUCACAUCAGACGGCAUCCUCGAAUUUGGCAAGGCGGAAGCUGGCAUAUUGAUAUUUUGAAGAGGACAGGGCGUCGGGGUCGAGCUGCUCUGGUCGACCCUCAUAGCAAGCUUUUCAAAUCCAUAGCGCAAGCAUUUAGCCAUUUCGAAGAGCCCUGGAUGCUGACCGUCAUCCAGCCACCAGAUAGAAAGCAGCUUUCCGUAGAACUGAAGCGCAUGGACCUUACGUUCUAUGUCAAUCGACGCAAUCUUCUACAAUGCCGCCAAUUGGCGGCAGAGAUAGAUCCCUGUCAAGAUGCAGGGACUUUUUACGGACUGCAGAGUAUGGUUGUUCUCCGCAGCGUUUUCAAUCGUAGCCAACGAAGUGUCAUUACUCCCUUGGGGAAUGUUCACUGCCAACGGCACGGAAUGCAUGUCCGUAUCAAUAUAGAGAAUGAUGGCUCCCAUGCUAGGUAUGGAAUCGACAACGUGCUGGGUCGAGUUUCCAGCCCAGCAGAGCCACGUCUUCUAUAUCACAAGGCAUUGUUGCAUGCUUUGACAUCAUGUUUUAUUCCGGACCCUCUGACUGGCCGUACCGGGACAGAGGAAGCAUUGUCCUCCUUACAAUCCGGGCUAUACCAGCCAGUUGUUCCUCUAAACAUGAAUCAUUUGGGAGUACUAAAAUCGAUAGCAAAUCUAGCUCCUCGGCGCGAAUACUACCCAGCACACAAAGAGACCCAACAAACUGUUCGCUGGGACGCUAGCCUCACAACAACCAUCCAGAACGAUGCGUUUCAGCCAGUAAUAGACGCCAUCAUAGCCAAGUCAGAGCAUCUGUCUUUGUUCCAAACGCAAAUACGAGCUUCUCCAACGGCAGCCGUUGAGACGGUUGAAGCGCCUGAUCCUACGAUACCACACCUGCGACACCGAGCUAUGUGGCGUAGAUCCAUUCAUGAGCGUCCAGAUACAAUGUGUUCUGAGCCGUGCCCUCCUGCAGACACGCCAUACAUUCCCCGAGAUGGCAGAUCGUUCUCGACACGCUCGUGCAAUGUUCGUGAGAUCAUGGGUCUCCUAAUUCAUCGGCCUAAUGUAAUCAGUACGACACAAGAUCUCAUUGCCAUGCUGAACGAGCAGCAUAUCAUUGGGGGAUACGCAAAAGUCUACACUCAAAUUACCCUCGAAGACAGUUUGAUUGCAGAUCUAUUCCAUGAAUGGGGCCCUUUGAUCUCUUUAUGCAUUCAUGCUCAGCCGGAAGACACCUACUCUAUCAUGUUUAAGUUGGGGUUACUUGCGUUUGGCAGCGCGGUCGACAUGCAAGUUUUGAGAACGAUCGUUUCAUUCUUCAUUUUGGAAGACCUCAAGAAACUCGAGUUUCCUCUGUAUCCUUCUUUCACCGACUUGGAGGUUGACGCAGCCCCACAACUGGAAACCUUGGUCACUCUGAUGAAGCCAACCUGUGAAAUAUACAGAGACUCGAAUGUGAAACGCAAGGCAAAGAAGAGAGCUGGUCGGCUUGCUUUAGAACAGGCAUCGGCGCAGCGGAUGGAAGAAUGCGAAGAAUUUGCCUGGUUCUUAAUUGAUCAAUGGCCCUGUAGAGAACCUUCUAUUGAUAAUUUCGCUGCAAAAUAUAUCAAUGCAUCUGCGGCGAUGAAUGCUGUAUUAACCGAAUGGGGACGUUUGUUUCAGAAUUUGCAAUUCUAUCAUCACAUUAGAGAGGUGCAAGGUGUUCUGGAUGGACACUUCGCCCUUGUGGCUGGUAGAGAUGCAGUUCCAAAAGCUUUCCCUGGCUAUGAGCUUUUGGACGUCUCCCUGCCUGCUUUCUCUAUUCCGCGACUGGCAGGAGAACUUAUGAGUAACUUGGGCCCGAGAAUCGACACUCAAUAUGUUCUUAACUGGGUCGAUCAGCAUGCAUUUAAGAACGCAGCACCGUCAACUCCAGCUCCUCACUCUACAAGACCCUAUCUUCGAGCCCCGGAAACUCUAGAGCUCGAGAUGAUUACAAACGACUUUGUGAACUCGGAAUGUCCCAUACAGUCGAGUUAUGGACAUGAUCUCAAGGCCAGCAUCGCAGAUCUGAAGAUGGUGAAAGCGUCGGCAAUCGAGAAAACAGGUCUAGACGUUGAGUUCUUAGACGGCGUCAAGUGGCUAAACGGCAUUAUCACCCAGGCCACUAUUGCGGCGGAAGGCAUAUAUGUUCGCAUCAGGAACUCCCUUGUCAGUCGCCAUUCUUCCUACCAAUGGUUACAUCAAAGCAAUCUUUGGCCGUGCAUGAUGCCUAUUUCACUUUUGAACCAACUCAGGUCCACGUCGAAAUGCAAGUUUGGACAACAUAUGAAAGAGGCAUUAGUAGCAUAUGGACUUGCAAUAGGGAAUGUGCAACGUCUCAUACGGCUCAAAGAAGCAUUCGGAAAAGACGACCAAGGCAGGCUUCGUGACGAAUACUACAGCCAGGGCCAUGUCAAUUGGAACCCAUACCACUACCCGGAUUGGUUACUAUUGGAAAUCGAUGGAAACAUGCAAAUCCGCGAGGAGCAAAUCGCCGUGGCAAAGGAAAUGAUUUCGCCCAGUUCAGGUGCCAACUCGGUUCUGCAGAUGAACAUGGGGAAAGGCAAAACAUCGAUCAUCAUACCGAUGAUAGCAUGCACCCUUGCCGAUGGGAAAACACUGUCUCGAAUAAUAGUUCCCAAAGCGUUGCUGUCUCAAACUGCCCAGAUCCUCCAGGCGCGUCUUGGAGGGCUUCUGGGUAGGGAAAUUACUCACAUCCCGUUUUCAAGACGCACCCCAACAAGUAGAGAAGUAAUUUCCAAGUAUUCCAGUCUACAUCAAGAUAUGCUGUCCAAGUCUGGGAUCAUAGUGGCGGUUCCCGAACACAUUUUGUCGUUCAAACUGAGUGGGCUGCAGCGCAUGUCUGAUUCCCGGGUCGAUGAAGCUAUCGACAUGAUUAAAAUUCGAAGCUGGAUGGAGAGAACCUGCCGUGAUAUUCUUGACGAAUGUGACUUCACGUUGGCAGUCAGAACGCAAUUGAUCUACCCCAGCGGCUCCCAGCUUGCGCUGGACGGUCAUCCAGAUCGAUGGGGAUUCAUUAUGACAGUUCUGGAUCUCCUCGUACAUCAUUUACAAGACGUUGCUCGAGAAUUUCCCAAGAGUGUCGAUUUAGUCCGACACUCGUACACGGAAUUCCCCGUUGUCUACUUUCUCCGUAAAGAUGCUGAAGAUAGUCUUACCAACAGGCUUGUGGACACAAUCUGCUUCAGCCAAACGGCUAUUUUCCCCUCCAAGGAUUUCACUGCCAGGCAAAAACAGCUGUUGAAGAACUUUAUGUCCGAAGAAAAACUUGACAAUGCCACAGCUACCAAUAUGCUCGGAUGGCUGGCGGAUAAACCGAUGUUGUUUAAGAGCGUCCAUCUCUUGCGAGGCUUAUUCGUUCAUGGAAUUCUGUUUCUUUGUCUGAAGAAACGUUGGAACGUGCAAUACGGAUUACAUCCUGGUCGCGAUCCAAUGGCUGUUCCGUUCUAUGCGAAAGGGGUGCCAUCAGACCAAGCUGAAUGGGGCCAUCCAGAUGUAGCUAUUCUUUUCACCAUUCUAGCAUUUUACCAUCAAGGCAUCACGACCGAGCAACUCCGUCAAAGUCUACAGGCCAUUCUGAGAUCAGACGAUCCAGCUACAGAGUAUGAUAGAUGGACUCAGACUUCAUCGACUUUACCGGAGCAAUUGUGCCAUUGGAACAUUAUCAACGUUGACGAUGAAGGCCAGAUUAUGGAAAUAUGGCGCCACUUGCGACGCAAAAUGGUUGUCGUCAACUACUUUCUGGGCAAAUUUGUCUUUCCUGUUCACGCGAGACAGUUCAGCAUCAAGAUGCAGGCAUCUGGAUGGGAUAUUCCACUCAUGCGAGAUUUGACAACAGCGUCCCCGCCGAAGAAGAAGACCAGUGGACUGACCACUGGAUUUAGUGGUACAAAUGAUAAUCGUCGUCUGUUGCCUUUGACGAUCCAACAACACGACCUCCCCGGAUUGUCUCACACCAACGCCGAGGUUCUCACGUAUUUACUGCAGGCGAGGAAUCGAGGAUACAUAGAAGCUGUCAAUUCCAACCGAAAACGGUUUUCAGAAGUGGACCUUCUCGUUCGUUUGAGACAAGAGGGGAUUCAGGUUUUGAUUGACGCUGGUGCUUUUAUAUUGGAAAUGAGCAAUCAAGCGCUUGUUAAAGCGUGGUUGGAGGAAGACACAAAGGCUCAGGCCGCAGUCUACUUUCACAAGGAUGGGAAGGCUUGGGUCCAAUAUCAAACAGGCAAGACUGUUCCUCUGAUUGCUACGCCUUUUGUGGACAACAUGGAAAAUUGCCUGAUCUAUCUCGACGAGGCGCACACUCGCGGGACGGAUCUCAAACUUCCUCCUCUAGCAAGAGGGGCGUUGACACUGGGCUUGAAUCAGACCAAGGACCAUACAGUACAAGCCGCCAUGAGAUUGCGUCAGCUAGGCACAACACAAUCCAUAACAUUCGUCGCGCCGCCAGAAGUUCAUCAAAGCAUUACACAUAUUCGUCAACGAGAGGACCGGACUCUGCCAGUAGAUUCAUCAGACGUCCUCCGAUGGCUUCUAGUCCAAACUUGUAACACAAACGGGGACUUGCAACCGUUGUAUCUUGCGCAAGGUAUGGAUUUCUGUAAACGGAUGCAGGGAGCACAAAAGUACCAUGACAUCCUCCGGAAUCCUGUACAUCAAAAGGAGCUUCUUGAAGUUCUGCAGACUCGUGAACAUCACACGCUAGGAGAGCUAUAUGGACCGGUAAUCCCAAAGACCACCGAUCCCGACCUUGGCGGAUGUGAAGAUGGAGUUGAGCCUCGGGAUAGAUUGGAGUCAUUCAUACGACAACUCAAGCAGGACUCUCAGCUUACAGAACUUGGCCGUGGGUCUCCACGGGGAUCCGCACUGGAAGAGGUAGAGCAAGAGCGAGAGGUUGCAUACGAAAUGGAAGAGGAGCGGGAACUGCAACGCCCUGGCCAGAUGAAAGCAUUGAGAUUCCCUGGUUUGUCAAAGUCAAUCCUCGAGUUCGUGCAAACCGGGGCGUUGGCAGAGCAAACAGAUUGCAUCAAAGCAUCUACUGUGCUUAGGUCGACAAGAUUGGGGAGGAAGCAUAAUAUCAACGCUUCCAUGCUACUCCCCCAUCUGUAUGUGUCGCCAGAGUUUGUCAGAACAGUUCGUGUCCAGAAAGCACGCGGUGACGACAACUUCAUUCGUCCUGUCAACUGGCUUCUCUGGAGCAGACAAUCGGAACAAGCGGUGGUGAUCAUUCCAGAAGAAGCAGAGGCUCUGAUUCCCAGUCUCAGAGCAACCCACGACAUGUCAGCAGUGGUGCACAUGAUUCUCUAUGCAGCGCCCGUCGUAAAAAGGAUGUUGCAUUUCAACCAUGCAGACUACUACUCUCUCCCCAAUCUUCCUACCAGAUGGACUCCACCAAGCUGGCUGCCAUUUGAAAUUGGAAUACUAGCCGGAAGACUCUAUUUCGAAUUUUCCGAAUACCAGGGCCUGCUCGAGCGGUUGUCUCGGCCCACGUCCAGCACCAACAAAAAAGCCAUAGUCGACUUUCUUCGCGAGUGGCUCUCUCUUCGCCGGCAGGGACAGGAUAUUUCAUAUACCCCGAUGGGAUAUCUAUGUCAAGGCCUAGCGCUUCGCAGCGAUCAUCCAUUCUUUUCAGACAUAAGAGGGGAAGAUCAAGGCGGGAAUCUAGAUAGUCUCUUCUUCACGGCGGCAGAACAUGGCGGCGGCCGGUUGCCUAAAGACGAGGAUUGUUACGAUAGCGGCGAUGAGGAAAUGGGAUUCAUGGAGGUGAAUGGUCUUGAGGAUUCCAGUGGCGAAGAUGAUGAGCUGGAUUAG